CCAGCGCUGGCAGAGAGUUGCAUCACCUCUGGACGCCCGGCGGCGGCGUGGUCGCGGUUCUUUCUUGGUGCGCCCGCACCGGGGCCUUGCAGGUACCCCCCGACCUGCCCUCGGGGUCGCCCCAGCAACAGAAUGGUUCAGCAAGUUCCAGAAAACAUCAAUUUUCCUGCUGAAGAAGAGAAAAUCUUACAGUUCUGGUCCGAAUUUAACUGUUUUCAGGAAUGCUUAAAGCAAUCAAAACAGAAGCCAAAAUUUACGUUCUAUGAUGGGCCUCCUUUUGCAACUGGACUGCCUCACUAUGGACAUAUACUUGCAGGGACAAUUAAAGAUAUAGUUACCAGAUACGCUCACCAGAGUGGGUUUCAUGUUGACAGAAGAUUUGGAUGGGAUUGUCAUGGCUUACCUGUGGAAUAUGAAAUUGAUAAGACACUGGGAAUCAGAGGACCAGAGGAUGUAGCCAAAAUGGGCAUUGUAGAGUAUAACAAUCAGUGCCGAGCAAUUGUGAUGAGAUAUUCUACUGAGUGGAAGUCCACUGUUAACAGACUUGGCCGAUGGAUUGACUUUGACAAUGACUACAAAACUCUGUAUCCACAAUUCAUGGAAUCUGUCUGGUGGGUCUUCAAGCAGCUCUAUGAUAAAGGCCUUGUGUAUAGAGGUGUGAAAGUCAUGCCUUUCUCCACCGCGUGCAACACUCCACUUUCCAACUUCGAAUCUCACCAGAACUACAAGGAUGUUCAGGACCCUUCAAUAUUUGUAACUUUCCCUUUGGAGGAAGAUGAAAAUGUGUCCUUGGUGGCUUGGACGACCACUCCUUGGACUCUACCUAGUAAUCUUGCCCUGUGUGUUAAUCCGGAUAUGCAGUACGUGAAGAUUAAAGAUGUUGUCAGAGGAAAAUUACUCAUUUUAAUGGAAGCCAGAUUACCAGCCCUCUAUAAGUCGGAGAGUGACUAUGAGGUCCUUGAAAGAUUUCCUGGUAGUCAUCUCAAAGGCAAGAAGUACAGGCCCCUGUUUGACUAUUUUGUGCAGUGCAAGGAGAAUGGUGCUUUCACGGUGCUCGCUGACAGCUACGUGCGGGAGGAGGAGGGCACGGGAGUGGUGCACCAGGCUCCUUACUUCGGUGCUGACGACUAUCGGGUCUGUAUGGACUUGAGCAUCAUUCAGAAAGACUCUCCUCCUGUGUGCCCUGUGGACGCUUCAGGCUGUUUCACGGCGGAGGUGACAGAUUUCACGGGACAGUAUGUGAAGGAUGCUGACAAAAACAUCAUCAGGACCCUGAAGGAAAAAGGCCGACUUCUUGUCUCCAGCACCUUCACUCACAGUUACCCCUUCUGCUGGAGGUCAGACACCCCCCUGAUCUACAAAGCGGUGCCCAGCUGGUUCGUGCGGGUGGAGCACAUGGUGGAGCAGCUCCUGAGGAACAACGACUUGUGCUACUGGGUCCCAGAGUUUGUGCGAGAAAAGCGAUUUGGAAAUUGGCUGAAAGAUGCACGUGACUGGGCAGUUUCCAGAAACAGAUACUGGGGCACCCCCAUCCCCCUGUGGGUCAGUGAUGACUUCGAGGAGGUAGUAUGCAUUGGAUCGAUGGCUGAACUUGAAGAACUGUCGGGGGCAAAGGUCUCUGAUCUCCACAGAGAGAGCAUUGACCAUUUGACCAUCCCUUCCCGCUGCGGGAAGGGAGUGUUGCAUCGCAUCUCUGAAGUGUUUGACUGUUGGUUCGAGAGCGGCAGCAUGCCCUAUGCUCAGGUUCAUUAUCCGUUUGAAAACAAGAGGGAGUUUGAGGACACAUUUCCUGCAGACUUCAUUGCCGAAGGCAUUGACCAGACCAGAGGAUGGUUUUACACCCUGCUGGUGCUGGCCACCGCUCUCUUUGGACAGCCGCCUUUCAGGAACGUCAUUGUGAACGGGCUCGUCCUGGCAAGUGAUGGUCAAAAAAUGAGCAAACGAAAAAAGAAUUACCCGGAUCCACUUUCAAUCAUCCAUAAAUAUGGUGCCGACGCCCUCAGAUUAUAUCUGAUCAACUCCCCUGUGGUGAAAGCAGAAAACCUCCGAUUUAAGGAGGAGGGUGUGCGUGAUGUCUUGAAGGACGUGCUGCUCCCUUGGUACAAUGCCUACCGCUUCUUCAUCCAGAAUGUCCUGAGGCUGCAGAAGGAGGAAGGAAUGGAAUUUCUCUACAAUGAGAACACAGUUAAAGGAAGUGCCAACGUCACGGACCGGUGGGUCCUAUCCUGCAUACAGUCGCUGGUUGGGUUCUUUGAGACCGAAAUGGCAGCUUACAGGCUCUAUACGGUGGUGCCUCGCCUGGUCAAGUUCGUGGAUGUCCUAACCAACUGGUACGUCAGGAUGAACCGCAGAAGGCUGAAGGGUGAAAACGGGGUGGAGGACUGUGUUACAGCCCUGGAGACCUUGUUCAGUGUCCUGCUGUCUCUGUGCAGACUGAUGGCACCCUAUACACCUUUUCUCACCGAAUUGAUGUACCAGAAUCUAAAGCUGCUGAUCGACCCUGUUUCUGUCCAGGACAAGGACACACACAGUAUCCACUACCUCAUGCUGCCCCAUGUUCGGGAGGAGCUGAUUGACAAGAACACGGAGAGAGCAGUGUCUCGGAUGCAGUCUGUGAUCGAACUUGGGCGAGUGAUUCGAGACCGCAAAACCAUUCCAAUAAAGUAUCCUUUGAAAGAAAUUGUGGUUAUCCAUCAGGAUCCAGAAGCUCUUCAUGAGAUCAAGUCUUUGGAGAAGUAUAUUAUUGAGGAAUUAAACGUCCGAAAGGUCACGCUGUCUACAGAUAAAAACAAGUAUGGCAUUCGGCUAAGGGCAGAGCCUGAUCACAUGGUCCUGGGGAAGCGUCUGAAGGGAGCCUUCAGGGCGGUGAUGACGUCCAUCAAGAAGCUGAGCAGUGAAGAGCUGGAGCGCUUCCAGGAGAGCGGGACCAUUGUUGUAGAAGGCCACGAGCUGCAUGAAGAGGACAUCCGCCUCAUGUACACCUUUGAUCAGACGACAGGAGGGACGACGCAGUAUGAAGCACACUCUGACGCCCAGGUUUUGGUCCUCUUAGAUGUCACCCCUGACCAGUCAAUGGUGGAUGAAGGAGUGGCUCGGGAGGUCAUCAACCGCAUCCAGAAACUUCGCAAAAAGUGCAAUCUGGUUCCAACUGAUGAAAUAACAGUUUAUUAUAAAGCGACGUCUGAAGGGAAGUAUCUGAAUAAUGUUAUCGAAAGCCACACGGAGUUCAUAUUUGCCACCAUAAAGGCUCCCUUGAAACCGUAUCCAGUUCCAGUGUCAGAUAAAGUCCUUAUUCAAGAAGAAACACAGUUAAAGGGCUCUGACCUGGAAAUUACCAUCACCAGAGGGUCGUCCCUGCCUGGUCCUGCUUGUGCGUAUGUCAACCUCAACAUUUGUACAGAUGGCAGUGAGCAAGGUGGAGUGUUGCUUCUGGAAAAUCCAAAAGGAGAUAACAGGUUGGACCUUUUAAAGCUGAAGAAUGUUAUUACUAGUAUCUUUGGGGUGAAAAAUACCGAGCUGGCUGUCCUUCACGGUGCCACAGAAAUACGAAACCAGACUGACUUACUGAGUCUUAGUGGAAAAACACUUCGCGUGGCCGCGGGGUCGGCCCCUGCUGUGGUGGAUGGCCCCAGCCCUGCUCUCUGCCGCUAUAUCAACCUGCAGCUCCUGAACGCAGGCCCGCAAGAGUGUGUGAAGGGAACAGUGGGCACGCUCCUGCUGGAAAACCCACCCGGGCAGAACGGACUCAGCCACCAGGGCCUUCUGUAUGAAGCAGCCAAGGUGUUUGGCCUCCGCAGCAGGAAGCUCAAGCUGUUUCUGAACGAGACUCAGACACACGAAAUUACGGAAGAAAUCCCCGUGAAGACUUUGAACAUGAAGACUGUGUAUGUCUCUGUAUUACCGACGACGGCAGACUUCUAACGUUGGUGUUCCGUGGCUUUGCCCCGGCACGUGCCUGUCCCUGCGCACGGAGGAUGUUCCCUUCAAGGGCACGUAUGGUUUGCUGCUUUGGGUCCACGAUUGAAAGGCGGUGAUUCCUUAGGUGACUUGGCGCCUCACAGUAAUACGUACACGUAAGCCUGACUCCCGCGCAGCCACGUGGAGGGCAGGCUGGUCCUCUGCUCGCUUCUGCACUUGCACAACGUGGAAGUGGUUGCAGUGGCACGUUUACGUAUCAUUCUGUGGCCUUUUAAAACUUGUUUGAGAUGUCUUGAAGGAGUGUGUUAAAUAUUUCUGCUACCUGGAUUUUCCUGGGUAAUUUGAUGGAAUAUUGUAAGUUUCAGUAAAUUAGAAGAGUAAAUAAAUUUCCUCUCAGGUAA